AUAUCAUCAAAAUUAGAAAUGAAAAGGCUAAUAUAGAGUACUGACUUUAAUGUGGCAAUUCCUAUAAAUAGCACAAAACAUGCAAUUAAUGAUGGUUUGUUAAGUUUAUAUAAUAAUUGAUAGAUUACUACAUGUUCCAAAAAUAUAAAUGCUCCUCACCAGCUAUUUUAGGGGAUGUCCUUCGUUGUAAUACACCAGUCUAAUCUUAAUUAUCACCUAUUGAAAAUUAAUAAAAAAGUUGCUUUUCACUUUUAUCAGACAACUUUGAUUUUUCUGUUAAAGAUGUAUCUCGAAAAUAUAAUAACGGAUCUCGAUAAUUAAGCAUAUAAAAAGAAAAUGAAGAAGAAACAGUUAAAAUUUAGAGAAUAAUUCAACAGGAAUAAAUUAUACUUGAAGAAUAGGAGAUUUUAAAUAAAAAAUUACAAAACAUCAGAUUAGAAACUAACUAAAAAUUAGAAGAACUUGAUAAAUGUAAAUCAAAUAAAAUAUUUUAGAAUAUCUAUAAAAGAGAUCUGAGAUCAUUAAAUAACUAUAAUUCUCUAUUGGUUAAUAUAGUAGUAAUUUUAGAGAUAGUUAAAUUAAAGAGCCACCUUUAAAAAGUGCUCUUAAGAAAAAAGAAAAUAAAAGAUAACAUACAUAAGAUAAAUAUUAAAAUGAAUUAAAUGAUGAAGAUUCUUAAGAUGAUUGGAACUUUAUACAUUAAGCUAAAAUAAACCUUGAAAAAUAAAGAACUCAUUAAAAUACUGAUGAUGAACGAACUCCCUCUAAAGUUCGAUUUGUUAGUACUAAAGAUGCUAAUUAGUAAAAGAAAAUGCGAAAAAGCAUAAAUAUAUCUGAUUUAAACAUGUUUUAAAAAUUUAGGCAUUGA